AGGUGAUAAAACCCUAGUUUCUUCGAUUGGCCUUCGAAGCUCGGAGCACAGCAUACUUCCGAAGACCUCUCUGCCUCAACCUCCGCCGUUCGUCGUCCUCCUCACCGCCUCAAACCUCCAUGGCGCCGAAGAAGGAAAAGGCUCCACCUCCGUCCUCGAAGCCCGCCAAGUCCGGCGGUGGCAAGCAGAAGAAGAAGAAGUGGAGCAAGGGAAAGCAAAAGGAAAAGGUUAACAACAUGGUGCUUUUCGACAAGGCCACCUACGAGAAGCUGCUCUCUGAAGCCCCUAAAUACAAGCUUAUCACCCCCUCCGUCCUAUCCGACCGUCUCAGGAUAAGUGGUUCACUUGCUAGAAGGGCAAUCAGAGAAUUGAUGGCCAGAGGCUUGAUCAGGAUGGUGUCAGCUCAUGCCAGCCAGCAGAUAUACACUAGAGCAACCAAUACCUAAGUUUUGGACUUUUAGUUGAAUAGAGGGCUCAUGCAUGAGUUCUCUCUUAUUAGACUCUAUCUAUUGUGUUUUCAGUUAGCAUUUGUCUUCUCAUUUUCACAAAUGUGGAGUUACCAAGAUUUUGUUGCUACUUCGAGCAAAUGGAUUUCUUCAAGUUUAAUAUUCAAGUCAUUUCAUGCUCCUUAAUAUCGA